UCGGGUUAGCGAACGCAGCAAAUCAAUACGAGUUUUGCUCUCGCAUUUUCAUUAGUAAUUUGUACGUGAAGUAGGCAAAAACACGGUUUAUCGCUCUAGGCAGAAAAUCUUCGCAGAGACAAAGAAGUUACAGAAUGUGGUUUUUGAUGGUCUUUUGCCUGCUGGCCAGCGCCUGGGCCGAUCCGGAGCAUCUGUUAAGUCAGGAAUUUAUCGAUAUCACAAAUGAAAAGGCGCAAACUUGGCGCGCCGGCCGCAAUUUCCCGGAAGAGACUUCUUUGGCGUACCUCCGUGGAUUGAUGGGAGUACAUCCGGACGCAGACAACUUCCGUCUGCCCCUGAAACUGCUGCACGAGGAGGAUGACGACGACUUACCCGAUGAGUUCGACUCUCGCGAGCAGUGGCCUAAUUGUCCUACCAUCAAUGAGAUCCGUGAUCAGGGCUCUUGCGGCUCGUGCUGGGCAUUUGGCGCCGUCGAGGCGAUGUCCGAUCGCUACUGCAUCCACUCUGACGGCAAGAAGCACUUCCGCUUCUCCGCUGAGGAUUUGGUGGCCUGCUGCCACACGUGCGGCUUCGGCUGCAACGGCGGCUUUCCUGGCGCCGCGUGGAGUUACUGGGUGCGCAAGGGAUUGGUCAGUGGAGGUCCUUUCGGCUCCAAUCAGGGCUGCCAGCCGUACGCCAUCGCUCCGUGUGAGCAUCACGUGAACGGCACGCGUCCAUCGUGCGAAGGCGAGGGCGGAAAGACGCCCAAAUGCCAGAAGAAAUGCGAGGAAGGCUACAAUGUGUCAUACAAGGAUGAUAAGCACUUCGGCAAGACCUCGUACUCGGUGUCCAGGCAGGAGAAGCAGAUCCGCAUGGAGAUCUUCAAGAACGGCCCUGUGGAGGGCGCUUUCACCGUGUACGAGGAUCUGAUCAACUACAAGGAUGGCGUGUAUCAGCACGUGCACGGCAAGGAGCUCGGCGGACACGCCAUUCGCAUCCUCGGCUGGGGAACAGAGAAUGACACGCCGUACUGGCUGAUUGCCAACUCUUGGAACACAGAUUGGGGCAACAACGGAUUCUUCAAGAUCCUCCGCGGACAUGAUCAUUGCGGCAUCGAAGGCUCCAUCUCGGCCGGCCUGCCGAAGUACUCUUAAAUCUUCCCUUCAACCCGAGAUUAACCUCUGAGGAAAAUAGCCAACAUCUUUUAGAUGAAACUUUAUCAAUCACUACACGUUUAUUUCGAUUCUCACUAGAAAUCCUCCUCUAAAUUUCAUGUUAAUUUCUCUCCAUUUGCUCUUCUCUUCAAAUUUUGUGAUAAAUCUCCGCCAGUCGCAUUAAAAAUAUAUCAACUAUUUCAGAAAUA